CAACAUAAAAUAACAAAGAGUAGAGAUGAGAAAAUAUAUAGAAAUAAAACAAAGAAAAACCCUGGGGAGUUGAGACUGGGGUUUUACUGCAAUUUCAAAUUGAGGGGACUCAUUGCUCAAGCUCAAGAACGUCUUGGUGAAAUCUUCCCCAAUGUCAUCAUAGUAUAAUCGAAUCCCUAUUCCGUUCCAAAACCCUUCUUCAAAAUUUCAAAUUCUGACCCCUAACGCAAUGGAAGCUACCGAAAAUAGCAGAAGACCCGAUAGCUCUUCUCCUACGAAGCCCUUGAAGUUCUCAGCUUAUCAGAACCCGGCUCUAUCCGCCGCUCUCACCGCCAACAGCGUCCAACCUUCGAAGUUCACCUUCCUCUGCAUCUUUUCCCUCUCCUCCGCAUCUGCAUUUGCCUUUCUUCGUAUUCUUUCCUGGGAAAAUGCGAUUGUUGGCAAUUUGAAGCUGAAGAACUUCCCUGAAGAGGCAGCCUAUUUGUCUGCCAAGGCUGCACAGAUUGUGGUAGGCUUAAUCUUUUUGGGAACAGUAUUGGCCUUUUUCAAAGCGAUAUCCUUGUAUAGAAAAAGAUUUAGUGGUGUUGUGUCUGUUAUAUCAACUAAAGGAACCAAGGAACAAACACCCCUUUCCAAGCGUCAACUGGGGCUUAUGGGAUUAAAACCGAAGGUUGAGAAUGGGACGUCUGAAAAGGCUGUAAAGCCUCCAAAAUCUAAACCGUACUCAUCGCCUUCUUCUUCUGAUAUUCUUGUUCCACUUCAUCAUUCAAUUGGCAAUUUUAGUUAUUCAUCUAAAAAAAACAUAGAUAAGUCAAACUCUGCCAGUGGAAGUAAAGUGCAGUCUCUUGCAACACCUUCAACUUCCCCAGGUUCUGCAUCUUCGUUGUAUCUUGUCUCUGGAGUGGCCUCACCGCUGCCUUCUGCUCAGAGUUCAUCGGGUCGGGAUUCAGUGGUGCAUACCCCUUGGUCAAGCAAGCGAGUAUCCACUCUAAAAGAAAUUACAUCUGAAGAAGACUUUGAACGAUUCCUUACUGAAGUAGAUGAAAAGUUAACCGAGUCUGCAGGAAAACUAGCAACUCCACCCCCCACCAUGGGCAGUGUGAGUAUAGCCAGUCCCAGUACUGUGGCUACUUCAGCUAAUACUUCUGGAACUACCAGAAGUACUCCCUUGAGGCCUGUAAGGAUGUCACCGAGUUCACAGAAAUUCACCACUCCUCCUAAGAAAGUAGAGGGCGAUGAUCCCUCCCCAAUGUCUAUGGAGGAAAUGGUUGAAGCUUUCAAGCAUUUGGGAGUAUAUCCUCAAAUUGAAGAAUGGCGUGAUCGUCUCAGGCAGUGGUUUUCUUCCACUUUGCUUAGCCCUCUUGUAGAAAAGAUUGAAACCAGUCAUGUUCAGGUAAAAGAAGCGGCUGCUAAACUCGGGGUCUCAAUUACUAUAAGUCCUGUAGGCGACUCCACAGGAUCCCUUCCCAUUGCGUCUUCGGUUGACAGGACUAAUGAAUGGCAACCAACAUUGACCCUUGAUGAAGAUGGACUCCUCCACCAGUUACGAGCAACUCUCAUGCAUUCUAUAGAUGCCUCUACUAUCAAGAUGCCUCUGGCAAAUACACCACUGCCCCCUCAGCAGAAUCCCUUAAUUCCAACCAUGCAAGAGUGUGUCGAUGCCAUUGCAGAGCACCAGAAACUCCUUGCUUUGAUGAAGGGUGAAUGGGUCAAAGGCUUACUGCCGCAAAGCAGUAUUCGAGCAGAGUAUACAGUACAAAGAAUUAAAGAGCUUUCCGAAGGGACGUGCUUGAAGAAUUAUGAGUAUCUUGGUACUGGAGAGGUUUAUGAUAAGAAGAGCAAGAAGUGGACACUUGAGCUUCCAACCGAUUCUCACUUACUCUUGUAUUUAUUCUGUGCUUUCCUAGAGCAUCCAAAGUGGAUGUUACAUCUGGAUCCUUCAAUCUAUGCCGGGGCUCAGUCCAGUAAAAAUCCUUUGUUCUUGGGGGUUCUUCCUCCUAAAGAACGCUUUCCCGAGAAGUAUAUAGCAAUUAUAUAUGGUGUUCCUUCCGUUAUUCACCCUGGAGCUUGCAUACUGGCCGUUGGAAGGAAAAAUCCUCCAGUUUUUUCUUUGUAUUGGGAUAAGAAGCUUCAGUUUUCCCUUCAGGGAAGAACAGCAUUGUGGGAUGCCAUAUUGCUUCUGUGUCACAGAGUCAAGAUCGGAUAUGGCGGGAUUAUUCGGGGAAUGCACCUUGGUUCGUCUGCCCUGAGAAUCCUUCCAGUUUUGAAUUCAGAGCCUGUAGACUGAUCGUACGUAUUUCUUACCCAAAGUGCAAACAACUUCCUAUCUUGUUUGUGGCAUUACUAUUCACGAGAGUUCGCACCAUUGUCCUUGCUGUUAGAGUUUCAGGCGCCCCACGCUGCCAAGAUCUGACAAAUGAACAUCCACGAGUAGAUACAACUUACAAAUGUCUGCUUUCUAUAUUCCCUCGAGAAUGCUUUAUAUCACUAUUUAUAAAGUUCCAAGCAUGUCUUCAAAUAAUGACAAAUCGGAGAAUCAAAAUUGUUACAUUUCAGCUCCUAAAUCAAUUCCAUGGAAAUGCAACGCUUAUGGCGUUCGUACACUUGAUGCCAUUGAUGAAAUUAGUUAGAUGAUCCAUUGAGUGAAGAAGAUUUUUCAAGAUGGAAGGCUGAAGCUCACUUUCCACCUAGGCUCUGGGGUGGUGAUUUUACUUGAACCCCCAGUAAGCUAUUUUCAUGAAGCUCCGUAGGAACUUGACAUCAAUUAUCUGAUGAUAAUUGUUGUCAGGUAUUUGACAUUGAUAUUCUUUUAUCAUCAGUUCUUAAAAGAGCUCAUGCGAAAACCUCAUGUUGCUCAAAUGUGCAAAGGAAAGGUCAAUUGGCCAUUUUAGAAUGUGCCUACCAAUAUAACAAUCAUUUGUGUACCAUUGAAGACAAUCGAUUGGCCAAUACCCUUUUUAAGAUAUGAUCAUCGGAGAGGAAUUUAAGGAGGAAAUAGAAGUGAAUGAUGAGAAUGAGAAGGGAAAUUGCUAACAGAUAUAUUUAGCAACAAGCCUAGAAGAUAGAUAUACACAAAUUUCUUGACCGACUUUCAUUGGCAAUGGAAUGAUCAAUGUAUUUGCGAGUUGUCCAUUUCGGAAACGUAGCAACAAAGAGAGAGGGCAGCAACAACUCAUUACUUUACCAAUGAUUUGACAUGACAAUAAACUACCCUUAUCCUUUGGAAAUCUAGAAAGGUUAGGCCAAUUAAACAUUAAAAUUUUCUUUCUGGUGUAAAAUUAAUUUCUAUAAAUAAACUAGAUCUCAAUCAAAGAUAUUUACAGCUAAUUGCUCUCAUGGUAGAGGAAAAAUUUUGAAUUACAUGACGGCUACCCAAUUCAUGUGACCACAUCUCUCUGUACAGUUUUAACCCGCACUGGAACUAGAGGCACACAAGUCAUCCGACCAACCUGCUAUCUCACAAAGUCAAAUUAGGACUAUGCUGUCAGGAGCGUAAGAAAAUUAAAAUUAAGGUUAUGAUAUUCAUUAUC